GAUGGGUAUAAAAACGGGAGGACUCCUUUUCCAGAGCCGCACAAGGAGUUCAGCGCUGGACAGGCACAGAUCGAGCAAGAUGCCGUGGUUGCCCAUUUCCAUAACGGCGCUGGCGAUGAUGCUGCUUAGCCUGACGACUGGAGGAGAUGCCAGUCUGUACUCCAGCGAUGGAGGCUUCGACGAGUUGCUGGGUAUGAGGAGCUGCGAACCACAGUGUCAGGAGGAGCAGCAAUCCGAUCGCAGCACUUCCAAGAUGCUGAGUGCUCUCUUCGGCUUCGUUCCCAGUACUCCACAUCCCACGGAGAUUGCGAUGGCCAUGCCCCACCAAUUGCCGCCCAUGUAUUACAACGAUUUCUACGAGGAUCUGCUGACCACCAAACGCAACGAUGUCCACUCCGCUGGCUGCGAUUGCAAAGUUACGAACGAACUGGUGGACCUGGGCAGCCUGCACUUUCCCCGCUACCUGAUGAAUGCCGUUUGCGAGUCGGGCUCUGGUCGGGAUAUGGCCAAGUGCUCCCACGGAUCCAACUGCCGGCCACUGGAGUACAAGGUGAAGGUUCUCACGCAAGCAGGUGCCCAGUCGACAGACCAUAGCUACUCCUGGAUGAACAAGGACCAACCGUGGCAGUUCAAAACCGUCACCGUGACCGCCGGCUGCUUCUGCGCCAAGUGAUUUCAUAAGAUGUGUGGAAUAUUUGUAUAUUAAAGCGCCAAAAAGA